AUGGAGACGGUUGAAGCUGAACAGGCCUCGCGUGCCGUGCGCGACGCCUGGCUGAAGGCGAGGGGUCUGAGCCUCGUCCAGCAUGGCCUCGAUGAAGAAGAACGCGAAUUCUGGUGGGGCCUUCGACACUUCCUCCACCUUCAGCUCCAGCGCGUGCUCGACGAGGCCUCUCACGAGGCUGCUGCGCCGUCCUCUCCCUCGUCUACCUCGUCGCGAUUUCCUUCCUCUUCUCCGAUCGUGGUCUCUGCUUCGUCUCGUGCGCAGCGUGGAGGGAAACGAAGAAGAUCGACAGACAGCCCGAAGCGGGAGACUGACUGUUCCGAAGCCAGCAAGAGGGCAAAACCCGAGUUCGCUCCUGUCUCCCGGGCAACGAGACAACCAGACGAAAGUGUCGCCGGCUGGGACUCGGGAGACGCAGGCGACAGCCGAGCCCGCGCCAACCCCCUCGACAGCGAGGAAGAAGGACGGAAGAACGAGAGCGACGGCGGCAGAGGAGCGCGGGAUGAGGCAGCGGUCGAGGCACCCGAAAAGGGAAACGAAGCACGACUGGUUCAAAGAAAUGGAGACCAGGAUGGCGCCGAACAGGCCGCAGAACGUAGAGACAGAGAUGGAGACGAACCGAGAGGAAAAGAAUGGGAAACAGGUAGCGAAAGGGACCACGGGCAAGACGCAGGUCAAGAGGAGGCGUCGUGGACGAAUGAGGCAGGUCCAAAGCGUUUUUUCGAAGCGGCGGCCUCGCCCGCAAGCUCAGCGUACCUUGUCGAAGGCUCCGACGUGACCGGCGAGAGGCGCAUCUCCUGCUUCACACAGAGAGCGGGCUCUGCACUGGAGUUGAACUUCUGCCUUUCCUUUUCUGCCGGCUCGCCUCCGGUGUAUGGCCACCCUGCGACUGGCGUUCUCUUGCUCCUGCGAAGCGCUCUCCGGACGCGGUGCUCCUCAGAUGGCUCGCUUUCUUCGCGACAGCAAAGAAACUGCGGGAUAGUCGGCAACGCUCGCGAGAACUGCCAGGUGGCAGCCGAUUCACGAGAGCCCCGCAGCCUUCUCGACACCUUGAAACGCAUGUUCAGCCCCGUCGCCCACGAGGAUCCGGCCAGGCGACGGACACGCGAAGGCCAGGACCCGCGGAACGGCGAGAGAGACCGAAACGAUGAGACGGACGAGAGCGUUUCACUGAGUAUGCUCGUUCUUGACCAUCACGUUCGACUGCUCUCUGCUCAGUGGAUCGCAGACUGGAUUGUUCUGUACUGGCUCUCGCUGUUUCAAGCUGUCUUCUCCUACCUCGCCGUUCGCGGGGUGUAUGCACAGCGCCUCGCCAGGCGAGCGCUCGCACGGCCUCUCUGCGCCUUCUUCUCUGCGACGGCGGAUUCGCCGCCGUCGGUUCCGGCGUCGAAAGGCGAGGGCGAUUCGGUGAAAAGAGAUGGACCGGACGGAGACCUCGAAAGGGAAAAAGACCGAAUGCGGCAGACAACGCCUCGCGAAAAAGAAGAAAAAACAUCUCAGAGCAGACCUCCGACGAGGUCGUCGACAGUUGACCCCAGCUGA